AUCACUCCACUCUCGAGCCAUGAACAUUAUCGAAACACUGUUUGGGCGCACAAUUACACCUGCAGAGCGGCUGCGGCAACACCAGCGUGCGCUCGCCAAAGCACAGCGCGAGCUCGACCGCGAGCGGACGAAGCUUGAGCAGCAGGAGAAGAAGCUCGUCGGCGACAUUAAACGCAGUGCAAAGGCCGGACAGAUCGUUAGUCUCGCUGU